UGUACAGAUAACAUUUUACCUUCCUGUUUAUGUGCUGGACAAAGGCCACGCUAGUAUUUAGGUUUCUAAAUGAUGGGACUGAUGAAUGUAUGGUACUCUCUGUGGAUUUUCCCCAUUGUAGUCAUCGUGUGCCGUGAUCAACAUUUACCUCCUCAUACAGUAAAUGUGGCCCUUAACAAGACUGCAACACAACAUGGGGAAUUCAAUGAUACACAGUGGUGCGACAAGGACUAGGUCAGGUAUGUGGUAUCAAACCCGCAAACCUGGCUGUAGACGGGAACACAGACAGACAGUUCUGGAGAGGUUCCUGUGCUAACCCCGAUGAAGUACCCACACCCUGGUGGCAGGUGGACCUGGGUCACAUGUACAACAUCUCCUGGAUCAGGAUCUACACCAGGGCACAGCAUGAAUACCGUAUGAACUCAACGAUACUAACAGUGGGGAACAGGACCUGUUAUAAACAUCCCGCUAAACAUGUGGAACCGGUGAUGAACAUCAGAUGUGCCAAUGUGACGAAAGGACAAACAGUUAACAUCAGUCUUACAUCUGGUAAACAGCUAAGUCUGUGUGAAGUGCAAGUACUGAUGUGUGAGGACCAUUGGUUCGGCGUCAACUGCACCAACCAGUGCCAUUGUGUGAACAACGCCACCUGUGACAAGACCACCGGAUACUGCAACAGCGGAUGUGUGGCUGGAUUUACAGGAAAUGACUGUCUGACAGAGUGUGAUGACUAUACGUUUGGGAGCAACUGUGCUGAGAAGUGUCACUGUAAGGACAACACUACAUGUAACAAGACAACAGGCUUCUGUCAGGGCGGAUGUGCGCCAGGAUGGACGAAGGCCGACUGUCAGACAGAGUGCAGUAACAACACGUAUGGACUCAACUGUAGACAGAAGUGUCACUGUCUGAACAACACGACAUGUAACAAGACAACAGGCUACUGUCAGAGUGGGUGUGCAGCAGGAUGGAAGGGAGGCAACUGUCAGACAGAGUGCCCUGACUUCACGUUCGGUUAUAAGUGUUCCCACCAGUGUCACUGCCAGGACAACGCUACAUGUAACAAGACAUCAGGCUACUGUCAGCGAGGAUGUGCAGCAGGAUGGAAGGGCGAUGACUGCCAGACAGAGUGCACAAACAACACCUUUGGUGUCACUUGUUCACAACGGUGUCACUGUAAGGACAACGUCAUAUGUGACAAAACAUCUGGCAUCUGUCAGGGUGGAUGUGCUCCUGGAUGGAUGGAGGACAACUGUCAGACAGAGUGUAACAACUACACGUUUGGUGUCAACUGUUCCGAACAGUGUCACUGUAAGGACAACGCCAUAUGUGACAAGGCAACGGGCCACUGUCGGAGUGGGUGUGCGGCAGGAUUGAAGGGUGAUGACUGCCAGACAGAGUGUGGUAACUACACGUUUGGGAUCAACUGCUCUGAGAAGUGUCACUGUAAGAACAACACCAUAUGUCACAAGACAGGCUACUGUCAGGGCGGAUGUGCGGCAGGGUGGAAGGGAGGCAACUGUCAGACAGAGUGCAGUAGCAACACCUAUGGAUUCAACUGUACACAGACGUGUCACUGUGAGGACAACGCUACCUGUAACAAGGCAACAGGCUACUGUCAGAGUGGGUGUGCGGCAGGAUGGAAGGGCGAUGACUGCCAGACAGAGUGCAAGAACUACACCUUUGGUAUCAACUGUUCCCAAAGGUGUCAUUGUAUGGACAACGUUAUAUGUAACAAGACAACAGGCUACUGUCAGGGAGGUUGUGCGGCAGGAUGGUCGGAGGGCAACUGUCAGACAGGUUGUAGAAACAACACGUAUGGUCUCAACUGCUCCAAGCAAUGUCACUGUGAGGAUAACACAACAUGUAACAAGACCUUAGGUUUCUGCCAGGGCGAUUGUGCAGCAGGAUGGAUCGGCAAUGACUGCCAGACAGCGUGCAGUAACUCCACAUAUGGCACCGAAUGUAAGAAGACAUGCCACUGUAAGACCAGUGGAGUUUGUGAGAAGACGACAGGACAUUGUGAGGGCGGAUGUGCAGAUGGGUGGACAGGAGAGAGCUGUCAAGGCCCUGAGUCGGCUCUUAACAUAGCAGUGAUAGGUGGGGGUGUCGGCGGAGCAAUAGCCAUUCUGGUAGUGAUUGCAGGAGUUAUUAUUUACAGGUGA